AUGAGUGCAGUAGGGGAAAACCCUCUGGACCCUGCGACGCCAGAGUCACGCAAGAGGAAGGGCUCACCAUGCGACACAUCAGGGCAGAGGUAAAGACCUGACAGCUUGAUCUUUCUGUGGCAUUAAAUAACACACAUCACAUUACAUUAGGUUACUGCUUUGUUUGUGUCCUGUGCGUGGAUGUGUGUGUGUGUGUGAUAGCUGAUGUAAGCUGAUGUAAGAGCACGGCUAACAUUUCUACAGGAACUACACGCAGCCACUGACCUGCGCAUUCACACAGCAGCGUCCUCCUCCUCCCCUUCCUCACCCCUCCCUCCCUCCCUGCCUCCCUCCCUGCCUGCCUCGGUCACCACGCCUGUGUGUUCUGGCUGGCCAAUGCACUGACCUACUUUUGCUGUUGUCGUCUCUCUCACACACUCACACACACAUGCUCACAUAUACACACAUUCCUUUUUUUUUUCCAUGUUUGCCACAUACCUUGCUGGAACUCGUCGGUUUAAAAGUAUAGUAUUGAAAGUGGAGAAUAAGGUUAAACACAAAGCCACUCACAAGACACCCGAGUCUGAAGCUAUUCUGUGUCAGUGCUCUUCCUGAUUAUAUAUAGUAACUUUCAUGUUUACAUAAUGCAGAAAAAUAUCACAGGCAGCUGUGGGGGGAACCACUCCACACUUGUACACUACAUUUAGAUCAUACCUGUAUGUUCCUGAAUGCAGAAAAUAAUAACAAAAUUCAAGUGUUUUUUUAAUCAAAGCAAGUUUUUGGAUAUAGCUGCAACUUUUUUACAACCCUGCUCCCAUAAAAAUUGUGUUAAAUGUUCAUAAAAUCGUCACAUUAGCUUCUGUUUCUUGGUGCUAUUUAAUUAUCAUAAAACUAACAUGCUUUAAAGUUGUUUUAGCCUCACUUUCACACAUGCACCCCCGAGAGUUUGUAGUAAUUUUCAGAAGCCCCGACCCCACCAGAAUUUUGCGAAAGCUUGUUCACACUUGUCCUACCCAGGGUGAGGCGUUUCCUGUUGAAAUAGGUAGUGGGCAGCGGAGGGCGAUGGCUCUCGUAAGCGAGGAUGUGACUCUUUAAAGCUUUGAGAAAAUGAUGAUUGACACAGGAGUUGUGAUACUUUGUGGGUCUCACUGCUCAUUUUGCCUGUUAUAGUUGUGUAAUUUUGACUAACCCCUGAUAUUUUUUUCCACCGGCCAGGAUGCCAAAGAGUGAGCUUUCCUGAUUUGUUUUAUAUUUUCCCCCAGUUACACUAAGCGAUCCUUUAAAGGCUGAGGGAUCAAUCAUAACGAGAGUAUUUCCACACAACAGUGAUGGAGCGUGGAGUUUGUUUGCAAUUAUACUGUGCACUCCUUCCUGCAUGGGCAAGCCACCCACCCAAAAUAUAAGUUGUGGUCAAACACACCGUAACACCAAGUUAGAUACCCCCUCAAGAGAUGAAUGUUGCCGACUGCUUGCUUCUUUAGUGAUACCAACUGACGAGUCGGUCACCGAGUGCAGCGGAGUUUCGCAGCUCAAGGAAGAACAUUUAUGAUUAUUGCCAAAUGGAAAUGCAAUUAGACCGAGAUGCUAAGGCAGAAGAACUACCGCACCUGCAGUGCAAAAUGAUUAUUAUGAUGAUUAUUACUUCAAGGAUAUGAUCCACUGCACUCUGUGAUCGACUAGUCAGGGCUUCCAAACAAAUGGCUGCUGGAGUAGAGUGAGUGAGUUGUGUUUAGUCUCUUUGCUAAAGAAAUAAGGCAAAGUUAAAAAGAUGUUUGGUGGCUAGUACUAUGGCUGGGACCUAACUUCUGUUGAUGAAGUUAGCUGCUGUUCUGAGCAUUAUGUGUGGCUAUAGAGUGGCGUUUUGGUUGAGGUUUGCGUGUGGUUCCAUAGACUGCUGUGUAUUGCUAUCAUGCGGUCGUUACUAAUGUUGGUAAAACUAGAGAAGCAAGCAGUCGGCAACAUUCAUCUCUCAAGGGGGUGUCUAACUCGGUGCUAUGGUGUGUUUGUCCCUAGACUAAUUUUACGAAGGACUAUCUAUUUAAUGGAACAGAUCACUUGACUCAGCAAGAACCGGCUCUUUCAGCGCUCAAACAUUCAUAUACUAGAGCUGAGUUUAAGCUCAGCGCAAGUGUCUUCUGCCGCAGUGCAGGGAAGUUAAGAAAACUGACGCAACUUUGACUAUUACUUGAAUGACAUAACAUCAUUUGAACAGUGCGGUUGUAAUAUGAACAUGUACAAUGGUCACACUAUAGGACAUGCAAUCUCAGUUAUACGAGCUGAAAGACAACAUGCUGACGCUACUUCAUCGUUGAUCAACAUCUAUGCCCUGUGUUCAGGCACAUAAAGAGUUGAUCGCUUCGCAGGCUGUGUCUGUAUCUGUGUGUCACAUGACUGUUGAAUGUAAACAUGCAUAAAAGUCAGGACACUGCUACCAUCACUGAUAGGGAUGCACAAUAUUACUGGCAUCAUAUCGCCAGAUAUUGGCUUAAAAAGUUGAUCCUUUGUGUUUGCAGAUAUGAAACUUUCUGCAUAUAUAAAUAUCAGUCAAAAAGAUGCUGCAUGAAUUAUGAGCACAUGAUGAAAGCUUACUCAUGUUGGCUGUAAGGGUAUUGAAGUGUUAGACAGAGACUGUAGAUUUAUUUCUGAAAAAUACGUUUAUCAUUUAUGAUAUAUGGCAGAAUCAAAUCCCGCUUGUCUUUGCAUUCUAUGCGAUGUAGAAACAGUCGCGUAAAUAUCAGUGUCUUUGUCCUCUUUCAGUCUGGAAAAGCGAAGACGAGAACUGGAGUGUCGCUACAUAGAGGAGCUGGCUGAGCUGCUGUCAUCCAACAUAGGCGACAUUGCCAGCCUCAGUGUCAAACCUGACAAGUGCCACAUCCUCAAGAGCACCGUGGACCAAAUCCAGCAGAUGAAACGACGUGAGCAGGGUGAGGGGCCGAGCACAGAGACACAAACACAGAUACACAUGAUCUGUUUAAACCAUAACCACAGAAUCUACCGGGAGUAAGUUGUACAGAGCUCCUCUCACAUUCGUCAAGGAUAAGUACUUUUUUAAAAUGAUGCUCUUAUUUUCUGACCAUCUUGUUUAAAAAUCUACUUCUUUUAAAAAAGCUGUGAAGCCAUGAGCUUUAAAAGCAGGUAACAAUGGUGCUAUCACUUCCAUGUGUAUGUAUAUGCGUUUUAUUUUUCCAGUGAUGUAAUUGGGUCUUUUAUUUUGAAGGGCACUUCUAUCCCGUUGUAUUGGAUUUCUGAUUUGUCCUUGUCUCCUGACAGAGAAAGCAGCCCUUCUGUCUCCAGAUGAUGAGGUGCAGAAGAGCGACAUCUCCUCCAGCAGCCAGGGGCUGUUGGAGAAAGAGGCGCUGGGGCCCAUGCUGCUAGAGGUGAACAAUACAUACUCACAGUUAUAAACACGCAACGUUUCCUCCACAGCACCACUGCAGGAAUUUUUAACUCCUAUCUCAACGCACGCAAUUUAAAUCUCCCCUCCUCUGUCUUUGCGUCUCCUCCUCCUUCUCCUGCUCCCUCAGGCUCUUGAUGGGUUUUUCUUCGUCGUCAACCGGGAGGGCCGAAUCGUCUUUGUUUCUGAGAACGUGACAGGUUACCUUGGAUACACCCAGGAGGAGCUGAUGACCUCAAGUGUGUACAGCAUCCUCCACGUGGGAGACCACAAUGAAUUUGUUCGAAAUCUGCUGCCCAAAAGCCUGGGUGAGUGAUCUGGGACUGUUGGCUUCAAGUUUCUCACACUAAAUAUUCUCAUUUGAUGGCGUCAGUGGUCUUAAGAUAUUUGCUAAUGACAUUUUUAGGUUAUGUUUGAUAAAGGGUCUAACUUUCAACACUAUUCUAAGUGCUCUUAUUAAACCUGCAACAUGUUACAGGAGAGGGGAGUCAGAGGAGAGAUGCAGCAUAUGUGUGGGUGAGUUUUGAGGAGGGAGGGCAGAGUCAAACAAUGGGCACUCACUCCGCUCCAAGUUAUUCAGCGUUGUUUUAAUUUUUUAGCUACAACCUUGAGAAGAGAGAAUAAUGAAAAUGUAGGAGGCGUGAUUCGGGUCGUACGAGGACAAAAGAGAGAAACAAUCAUCACCUCAGCUCUCCUCUCUCCUUGGAAACAGAUCUCCUAAACCAUCUCUCUAAAUUUCUGCUGUCCUUGUGAAACACAAAAGCUUUUUUUACAGGAAGGUCUUUCAGUGAAUGUUGGUGAGAUGUUCUGUUAACUCAUUUAACUCUAAAGAGACCGACUUUAAGGUAGGACUCUGGCAAAAUAAGGAAAAUACACAAAAAAGAUUUGCAUCUACUUAUGAAGAACAUAAGAGAUGUGACAGUUUGAAGGUUCAACUCCACCCCAUCAAAAAGUGAGCUAUCACAAUUAAGUAGUCUCGAAACAGCCUCUUUUUCACACUCAACUCUUUCCCCUACCUACCUGCUCUGUGUUGUUUCCAUUAGCAUCAAAGUCGUAAACCUCAGUGACAUGAUCUCUUUGUUUUGCUUACCAUGUAGGGAUUCUAACUUGAAAAACCACCUGCUCACCAUACAUCAUUCCCUGCAUAAGUCAUUUCUCCCUCUUCAUUCCCUUCAGUGAUUAUUCUUUGUUUAAACUUUUUAGUCAUCAGGACUUUAAGAGACUUUGAUGUCAUCUAUUCAUUUUUACCAUUUCAAACCAAGUCUCUUAAGGCUCUAUUCUGUGAAGGUACAGAGUUUACAAAUGGGAAUAUCUACAUUCUAUAUCAGAAUUCUCCCCUUGCUCACCCUUCCUGUUUUUGAGGCAACGGUGGCUUUCAUGGACAAGAAGCCCCUGUGAUGCAUUAAAAGUGUAAUCCUCCAUCAGUAGCUGCGUUUACAUUGGCAAAAAUAAUUGGCAUAAAUGCCCGAUCGGAAUAAAAAAGCGUCAUGUAAACAUGUCGAUCUGAAAAAUCUGAUCCAAUUCGGCUCAAUUGGAAAGAAAUUGUAGUCUGAUUGAGAGGGGUGGUUUAUUCCGAUCAUUAUUCCGAAACGUGUCCAUCGUGACUCUCUUACCUGACUCGAUCUUCACUCUUUAACCUUUGGCUUAUUUAUUGAGGUCAGUACAGGAGGUUUCCUUAUUAACACUCUGGCAUAAAAUACAACCACAGGAAACAUGUCUGCUCCUCCGAUAACAUAACAAGGCGUACAUACAGCGUAAUGAUGUCACAUCUGCACACACAUUGCCACCUUUGACAGAACAAUAAAAUAUAUUAGCAAGGGCGCCAUCUAGUGACAACAUUAAACAGGGGGGAAAAAAAUUCUUAAUUGGAUGAAGUGCGCCACCACCGCGUUUGUUGGUUUGUUGACAACACAGGCGGAAAUACAGCUCUUCUUCUGCGUUUUUUUAGUGAAAUUAGACAACUCUGCACAUGUCCAAAUGCUUCUAAUCUGAAUAAAACUUGGUGUAUGUAUACACACAUCACAUCAUCAGAUCAUUUGAUUUUGCGCCCAUAUAAACAGUGGAUUCAGAUUUUCCGAUCCCUCAAAUUUUUAAUCGGAUCAAGAAAUUUUUCACAUGUAAACGUGGCUAUGGAGGUAUUAGCAUUAAAAAUAUCAAAAAUUCUUUUCCUCACAACCACCACUGCCCUCUUCUUCAUCUUCCAACCGGUGAAUUUGAUGUGGCCUCUUACUGAAGACAGAAACAUGUUUUAGAGUCAUCAUGGAGGCAGGAAUGAGUUUUUUAAAACAUGUUUACUGUUUAAAAUGGCGGAUAAGAGAGUCUUCGUCUUAAUGUCUCAGCUGCAUUAUAAAAAUGACCAUAACCUUACCUCCUUCUCUCAAAUCACUUUUGUGUGGACGAUCACUGUGUCUCUCUGUCUUUAACCCACCCGGCAGUGUAGUUGUGAGUGACAGCAGGCCUCAGUCAUGAUACUGGCAUUAAAUGACCAAAAAUUCCUUUUUUAAGUAUUUAAAAGAAACAGUCUUAAAUUCAUGUGGGCCUGCAGAGUAAUAAUGACUAUUUAUAAUCCAUCUUCUUAAACCAGAGUUACAGGACGCCUCAGGCAGACAUUAAAUUAAAAGGUAGGGGAAACAAGCAGAAUGAAGACAGUAACAGGGAAGUGUGAAAACCACUUUAAAAUACAAAACAGGUUAAAGAAUUAAUCAAACAGCACGCCUGUGAAGAGAAUGCAUUUUAAUGAAAAGAGGUUUUCAGUAACUUAAGAGAAGAGUCUGCCUGAGCUAGUCCGAUAUGAUCCUCCGGCAGGGAAUUUCCAAACCUGGAGACCUGCUUCGUAAAGGCUUGAUCACUUUUGGUCAUGAGGUGAGAGAGUGCGAAGAAAGUCUCAAAUGUAAGGUGAUGCUUGACCACUAAGGGCCGUGAAGCCAAGCCACAAAACCUGAAAAUCAAUCCUAAUACUGAGUGGUAACCAGUGCAGAUCAGCGAGAGUGGGAGUGAGUUUAAGUUAAAAGUGCAGCAGCAGUGUUUUCAUUGUGGUGUCUGUAUGCAAAACUCCUGCUGAAGUAUCCCAGUGACGUGUCUGUUUAAUGUUUGAGAACUGAAGUGUCUCUAAGAUGCCCUGUGAAGUUUCCUCAUAAACAGAUUUUCUGUUUACGCACAGUCUUACUUACACAAACACACCAUGUUUAUCCUGUAGGCCUCACAACAGUGCAGAGGAUACGUCAUUCCUGUGCAACAUUUUGCAAAAAUUUUUGAAUAUUUUAAAACCCGUAUUCAAGUUUACCGGCAAAGAGUUUCCUCCUUCUCGCUUAUAAGUAACUUAACAACUCCUCAUUCUGCGAAGCCAAAGUAAACUCUGAGUUUAUUUUCCUUUCUGUCCAGUAAACGGUGGGCCGUGGCCUCAGGAGCCUGGCCGGAGGAACAGCCACACGUUUAACUGUCGCAUGCUGAAGAGGCCGCCCGAUGAGGUGGAUUCAGAAAACCCAGAGGCUCGGCAGCAGUAUGAGAUCAUGCAGUGUUUCACCGUGUCCCAACCACGGAGUAUGCAGGAGGAGGGGGACGGUAAAGACUUGCACAAACACACAAACAAUGACUAUACACAGUUUAUAAGCAUUGCAAUAAUAAUAUAACGAUUGUAUCACUGGUGUAAGCGUGCACACAUGAUUUAAGUCUUGGUGUUAAAAAACUGGACUCUUGAACCUCUUGACUUGUGUUUACUUACAGCAGACCUGCAGACCUGUCUGAUCUGUAUUGCCUGUCGGAUGCCUCGCACCCAGCCUUUCAGCACUGAGUCUUUCAUCACCAAGCAAGACCCCACAGGUAACAGACACAGACAUGCACACAUACAUACCACUGUCUCUGAAAGAGUAAUAGUAUAGAGUUGGGGUUUUGUCCCUCUGUGUUAUUUUGUUUUUUCGCUCACUAUCAGUCUUCCUUUAAGUCUUCUAUUCCACAAAUGUUCUCUUAGUGCUUUUACAUUCAGUCAUUAUAGAUUUUCCUGCAUCUAUGUGUCUGUUUCUUUGUGAAUAUUCACUAGCACUGAAUUUUAUCAAGUCACCAGAUCACCACGACAUCAAUUUUACAAAAGUUUUCAAUGUGAUUCAGUAGCAGCUCUUUAAAAAACUGAAAAUUUCAGAUUUCCAAGAACAUAACAACAACCUUUUAUAAUUCUGUUCUCUCAGUUUAAUUAGUUAGAAUCUAUCAGAUGUAGUGUACGUCAAAAUAAAAGCAUAGUUUUACAGUGCUGGAAAUAAAGCAACCAAGAUGCAAGACAGAAAAAAUGUCAAAAUAAAAGAAUGGAAAGCAAUAAAUUUACAAGGUGAUGUUCUCCAAAGAAGUGUCAGUCACAGGGUUGGUGAUAUCAAUAACACUGUUAGAAAUGGAAAAAGACAAUCUAAGUAUGGCGAUGAUAUCUUUAUUGUGAUAUUUUAGGGCUGCAAUAACCAUUAGGAGACAAAUGGACAUCUUUACAGUCUUUAUUCAUUACAUUUUUUUUUUUGACUUACGAUUUUAUUCCAAUUUAGUUUUUACAAUACAAAAACCAUCACUCCAACCAUAAACAAACAAAGAGCAGUGGGCACAAUAACUCAACCAAAAUAAGUACAAGAAAACAAAACAAAGGGUCCAAGGCAGUGUUGGCGUGACUGAAGUAAAAACUUCAGAUUAAAGGUUCGCCCGAUUUCCACUGUUCCACAGCCGCAUGAGGAAUUGAAAUCCAUAAACAUUGAGAUAGUGUGCAUAUUAUAAUGUCUAUGUGCUCACUUGUAAAGCGCCAUCAGCACAUCAUCCCACCUACAUCCAGAAAUCAUAAAAAGUACGGAUGAUUCGUUGAAACAGAGGUUGACACAGAUAAAUAGGAUAAAAAUUAACAAUGGAGAGGUAGGAAGGUAAUAAUAACAGUAAUAAUUAUAUUGAAAAUAAUAAUAAUUUCAUUAAAUUUGACACCCCCAUCAUAUUUAGUGGAUUAAAGCAGGGACAUACCAGUGGACAUUCCUCUUAUUGUCACAUUCAGAGUGUAUUGCACCAUAACAUCACAGUUAGGAUUCCUACAAGUCUUAAUUUUCUCUAAUAACCUAAGUAGAUUACCCCACAUUGGCACCAUUAGGGAAAAUCCUAUUUCUUGGUCACUAUAUUUGGUUAUUGUACUGUAAAAAAGAGGAAUAUGAAGCACCUCUACAUAUUUAUUUUACUGUCUAAUUUGGAUGCAGAAUUUAAAAAAUGUUCCAUCUUAAAAAAUAAUCAAAUUUUCAUGAUAGGGUCACACUCUGAACCCUGAAUGUGUGGAGGCUCCUGCACAUGUCAAAAUCUGUGUGGACAGAUCUGUUUCAUGUGUGUGUGUGUGUGUGUGUUUCUCUGCUGCAGGGAAGAUCAUCUCCAUAGAAACGAGCGCUUUGCGAGCAACAGGCCGACCUGGCUGGGAGGACCUGGUCAGGAAGUGCAUCUAUGCUUUCUUUCAGCCGCAGGGCAAAGAGCCCUCCCACGCCAAGAAGCUGCUGCAUGAGGGUGAGUAUCCAGGAUUGAUUGUUCGGCUCUCACACGCAGAAAAUCAUUGACAGGCUCUCUGCCAGCUUCGUCAUGGUUACCAGAGUUUCAGCACCACUUCAAUGUCAUUACAAUUGAUAGAAUUGAAUGCUGUAAUUUCAGAAACUUUUCAUGCUUGCAGGAGACGGGUCGUGCGAAGUUAGCAAUGAUUGGCACUCCCUUUAGAGAUGUGUGGAAUAGAUGUUUCAGGUUUAUAUGGAGUCAUAAAGGCUGGGUUUUAUUUUCAAACAGCUUUUCUAUUAACUUAUGAACAUACGGACACAAAAAAAGCAUUUUUAGUGAACUGACAGGACAAAGACCAAACGAGAAGAGUCAAGUUGUUCAAAUUUGACUGAAGCUUAAGUUAACUUUUGUUUUUACUGUGUCUGACUUCCUCCUCACUGUUUGAUGUGUGAACAUGUGUGUGUUUUAACCCUCAGUGAUGACCCACGGCACGGCCAUCAGCCCGCUGUACCAUUUCACGUUAACUGAUGGCACCCCGCUCAGCGCUCAGACCCGCUGCAAGUUCUGCUGCCCCCCCAACCCUGACGUUCAGCCCUUCAUUAUGGGCAUCCACACUAUUGACAGGUACUGUGUGAGACACUUGUGCACACUCAUGCACACAUUUCCCAUGCAUUCCAUUAGUGCAUUACAGCCUGUUAUUUUUACCCAUACAGUGAUGUCUACAGUGUUGUGACGAGGUUGGAUUGCUUAUUGAUCAAACAGGAGACUGUAACAUAGACUGCUGGUCUUGUCCCACAUGAAAACAAGCAACUGUGUGAACUUCAUAUAAGAACCAAAACACGGCCUUUCCUCAACUCAACAAAGUGUGUUUUCAAAUUUGUGAACUGGUUUCAGUGAGACUAAAUCAAGAAUAAGAUUGUAGAAAGUCCUGAAGGUAAACUGAGACCGAUGGCUGAGACUCAACUCAGCCAUCGGUCUCAGUUUAAAAACGACCUCUGAGGAGAAGUCCAAGCUUUUUUAGUUUGAUGACAGCUGUGGUAAGAGACAUAAUGUCACUACGGUUUCAAUUAAUCUAAGUAAGACCAUCUCCUUCGGGACCACAUUAAGAUUUUGAGUCCCUGUCGGCAUUUUGAAAACAGUCUUAUUAGUUUGCUUCCUUCAGGCUCUGUUGUGCUCUGUAACACCAUCAGUCUUCAUUAUUCAAAAAUCAGCAUCAUAACUCCACAGCAGAGGUUUAACAUCUUGACCUGCUGUCACUUUGUCCCGGACGUCUACCGUCUCUCUCUGUCUGUCACCCCCCCUGGAGCUGUAGGUAAGAUUGACAGGUGACCUUAAACGGGGUUCACAAACUUAAACAUGAGCACGAAGUUUCUCCUCCUCCAAGGAAAGUCAGCAAAGGCCCCAUUAUCAGAGGGUUCUUAUGAUUAUGUCGCCAUUUCAUAAACAUUAAACAUGUUCGAUAUCCACAAUUUGACGCCUAUCUCUAUAACGCAUUAUAAAUAUAUGUAUAAUGCGUUAUAAUCACGUUAUAGCACUGUAUAACUAUAGUAUAGUAACUAUAGUACACACCUGAUUCAAAUGAUCAGCUUGUUAUUAAGCCAUUACAGAGCUUGAUAAUGAGCUGAUCAUUUGAAUCAGGUGUGUUGGAGCAGGGAAACAUCCAAAACAUGCAGGACAGUGGGCCUCGAGGACUGGACUUGAGAACCACUGCUAUAAAGCAUUAUGACUAUUUAUGAGUGUUUAUAACUGUAGUUAAACAGUGCUAUAAGGUGAUUAUAACGCAUUAUAAAUAUAUUUAUAAUGCAUUAUAGAGAUAGGCAUCAAGUAAAGUGUUACCGAAUUCUGCAAGUGUGCGGGGAACCUCAAGAAAGUCUUUCCAUUUUCAUGUGGGAAGUACAACAAACGCAGCUAUGGCAUGACCGUAAACUUGAAACAUAAACAUAGACAGAGGCUGAAUGUGUGUGUUGUGUGUUUCUUCACAUUGUUGAAUCUGACGUCAUGUGUCGUCAUGUGUUUUGCCUUUUCCUUACGUUACAUUAAAGCCGUCCUCUUCUUCUUCUUCUUCUCCUUCUCUCUCAGGGAACACAACACUGCUAGCUCUCAGGAAAACACUAACCCCAGCCUUCCACCCAACCUCGGCAGCCUUGCCCAGACUCCCUCCCGCUCCCCUUCCCUUCCUCCCGGCAGCAACUGGACUCAAGGCUCAGGCGUGGCCGCCAACAACAGCAACGCCUCCUCUCACGGACACAACCCAACCACACCCACAGGCUACCUGACUCCCAACAGGACCUGUUCCCAGCAGGUCAACAGCCCCUCUCCUCUGAGCAGCCCACUCACAGCCACCCCUACCUCUUUUAUGUCGCCCAGGAUGCCACGGGCCAGUCCUGGGUCAGGGGGGAGCCCCCGAGUAACGGGGAACCCCUUCUCUCCUUCCACACCAGGCCUCCACUCCCCAACCGGGGCACUUAGCGGCGGAGGCAGCCUCAACCGGCAGCAGUCUGGUGGGGAUAGUAGUAGUAGUAGUAGUAGUAGUAGUAGUAGUAGUGGCGCCAACGGUGGGUCAACGGGGUCCUUCUCCCUGUCCUCUCCUGCCCCUCAGAGACAAGCCAGUACACCGACUGGCACUCCUACUCGACCUCCAUCUGCAAAACCUCCAGAGGAAGGAGAAGGAGGGGGAGAGGACUCUGUAAAAGCCCCCCUUCCUUCUGCCUCGCCUCUGGGAAACCCCAGACCCAACCAGCUCCUGGAAAGCAAUGGGACAGGAGCAGAAUCUAACAACAACAACAACAACACCCAUUGCACCUCAUCACCUCAUCCUCCAAACCCUCCUCCUGUUCCUCAGUGCCCUGCCUCACACAGUACUCUGACGGAGAGACACAAGAUCCUGCACCGGCUGCUCCAGGACACCAGCCCCAACGAUGCCUCCACCACCGCAGAGGAAAGAAUCAAAAACCAAGUAGAGAUCAAGAAGGAGCCGCCUGCAAGUCCUGCACUGGCCACAGCAGGUCCUAAAUCCAACUCCAGAGAGCCCCAGGACCACCAGCUGCUCCGGUUUCUGCUGGAUACAGACGAAAAGGUGACUGUGGAGAAUGUUCACUUGUGUCCUCCAUUAAGGCGGGAUGUCAUGUAAGAAAAGAAAAAAAAUCCUAAUGUUGUUUGUUUUGAAGGACUUGGGAGACCUGCCGCCUCCGUCUGCGCUCAGCCUGCAGACGGUUCGGGUAAAAGUGGAGAAGAGAUCCAGCAUAGAGGGGCCGGCCUGUACAGGGUCUACUACUCCAACAGCAGGGGCAUCCAAACCUGCAGGAGUCUCCAGCAGCCCAGCCUGCAUGAGUCCCAAACUGAGCCCUGUUGGAGAAAACCGCAGAGACAGCCGCAGGGACAGCCGGGACUCCACGGUAAUGUCAUAGUGAUCUGAAAUCGUUUUAGUUUUUUUUUAAUAUCUGCUGCAACAUUUUCAUACCAGUCAGUACAUUUACUGCAGUCUACGGUAGCCCUGUGUGGACACAUUGUUCAAAAAAAUAUAAACAUUCACCAAACACAAAGAACACCUGAGUCAUCCAGACGAGAAAUUAGUGUCUCAAUCAUUAACACUUGAUCAAACUCGGUAAAAUGUUUCUCCAGCAGUUUGCAAAUUUGAUUUUUGCAUAAAGGCUUUUCUGCUCAAGGAGAGGUACAGUUUACUCUGAUUGAAAAGAAUUAGUUAUCACCUAUAUUAGUGUAAAGAGUAAAGCACACUCAAGUGUUCACCAGAAUGUGAGCGUGUUCAUUUCAUGCUCCUCUUGAAUGAUCCUGUCCUCUCCCUGAGACUCUGCUCGGGGAUUUGUCAGUUUUUGUUCCUCCAAUCCACAAACUACAUGCAUUUUAUAGUAACAGGACGGUUUGUGCAAUUUACAAAUUCACUGAUUCACUGUUAGUAAGGACUAAAAUAAAGAAGUUAAAAAAUGAAAUUAAAAGAUUGAGUUUGAAAAAAUAAAAAAUCUCUCUGUGAUUAAAAAUGAACAGAAUGAUAAAGGAUACAUACCAUCUAAUGAAUUUCCCUUUGAGGAUCAAUAAAGUUCUUGUGUUGUAUGUAUGUUGAUACACACAUACCCGUCUACAUCAGCCUCUUCCCUCCAGACUGUGAUAAAAGUCCAGUCCUAACUUUUACAGCCUGAUAAUUUAAUGUGUCUUCUGUGGUGCCCCUCAUGUUUGGGAGCGCUUGAAUUGAAACGCGCCCUCGUCGAGAAGAAAAAAAAAGCAUUUUACAAUUAAGCAUGGCUAUUUUCCUCCAUUGAGCCCUGCUCUUGCAUUGGCAACUCCCUGACAGCCGUUGUAAAUCAUGUUGGAUGUUUAUUUUCUUGGACUUUGUCUCCACUGCGGGCUCAGCUACCAGCUGCAGCCUUUGAAGCUCGCUGGCCUUUGACCUUUUGUCUCUCCCCAUCUCUGUGUCACUGAUCCUCUGCCCCCCUCUCCUCUGCCACCCAUUAUUCUUUAAUUCUUUACUCUUUCACUCCAUUACACCAUUCACUCUUCCAUCCUCAUCGUCCUCCCUCCAUCCCCUUUCAUGUGUUUCUGCUUUGCGCUCAUUUUCCCGCCCUCAGAUGUCGGGUGGCCCUGUUGACAUGGACCCUCUCACCCAGCUGCUGCCUGGCCUGAGAGGCCCGAGUGGGGCCAAGCAGGGCAGCGAGGAUUCAACAACCCCUGGAGGAGGCCCCCAGCUACACUCUCCAGCCCCCCAACCCCCAGCUCAGCUUCAGUCCCCCGUGCCUCAGCUCCAGUCCCCCCUGUCCCAGCCUCAGUCCCUUCCUCAGUUGCAUUCGCCGUCACCGCAGCUCCACUCUCCCUCUCCGCAGCUCAAACUGCAGUCGCCCACACAGCUCCAGCCCGGUGAGGCCAGCACUCCCCGCAACGUCAAUGUGAAGAGAGAGCCUCCAGGCACUCCUAACCGAGGUACAGUUUCACCCAGGAGGGAGGGGGGGUCAUUAAGAGGAGGGGGAGUUAAGUAUAAUAUACUACCUGUGGACCCCGAAGUGCAGUCUCAAUAUUUAGGCAAGGCCGCUUUAUUUAUACAACAUAAUUCAAACAGAGGGAUAAUUUAGAGUACUUAACAUGGGCAGAAAAACCAUGAGAAAGACGUGUUCAAACAAUGUGGCUUUGAGAUCAGUUCACAUAAAACAAAAGUGAAUAUUAAAGCUCAUAAAAUCAAGUUCAAAACAAGAUAAAGAGCAGAUUGAAUCUUGUGAAAAUAAUCUAAGUAGCCUUAGAUUGAAUCAAAACUAAAAGAUGUUAAAUAUUUUUUAAUCACUUAUUUUAAAAUAAUGACAAAAUAGCAUUUUUCUGUUUUAAAUCAUCAUUUUAACUGGAUUUUUCAUCACGUUUUGUUGUUUUUGUGGUUGUUUUCUUAUCACAAUCUUCAGUUGUAGUGGUAGUAUCCGGUAUAGGAGUGUUAUCUAGGGAGGUCUCUAUAUUGAUUCAUUCAUUACAUACUGUACCAAUACACUGUCAUUCUUUAUGCCCCCUAGUGGCUGAAAAUAGACACUGCAGUGUUAAGUAAUCUCACAUAGCACACCACUGCAGAAUGUCACAUAGGUAAAAGUCUGAAAUAAGGAAAGUGCUGCAGUAACUCAGACUAAACAGUUUUAAGAAAAGCCUCAAGGGUCUUUAUUGAAUUUGCCUUCGGUGAGAAAAUAAAGUUAUUCUUUUAUUCUUAUUUAAAAAUCUGCCCAGGUGAACUGAUCUCAGGCCGUGGGUCUGAUCACAGCUGUCAAUGUUGCAGCAGGCUGUGCUAGUAGCUAGACGUCCCAAAACCAGACUCUGUGUGGGACAUACUUGAUAUCUCGUUUUGGAGCAUCCAGUCCUCUCUCUCUUUUAUUUCUUCAUUUUAAUCCUCACGUCCUCUUUUCAUCCUCAGGGCUCAGUGAUGGCGGCCCACCCUCCGGCUGCAGCCUCCAGAGUCAGUCAUCGUUUGAUUUCUGCAGCCCUCCCACUCCAGGCCAGACGACGGCCCAGGGACAGGGAGAGUCCUACCAGACCCCCAAAGACAGCAGCCCCUUUCCAGAGUCAGAGGUUAUCAACCCCUUCAGUUCAAGCACUGGUAUGUAGAAACACUUCUUUCAGUCACACGCAAUCCGCUCUUUAGAAACUCGACACUCAUGACUCUUCCGUGGCAUUGUUUAGCUGACCUUUGUCUGUAGACUGAGAGUCUGAACAUGAAUGACCUCUCAUUAUCAGCACUAGGUGUAGUCACAAAGUAUUCUGUUACAGACUAUGUAGGUGAAAAAGCUCAGUUCAAAACAGCAACACUACAUCUCUCAAGCAAGGUGGAAAUCUGGCGUCUGAAGCAGGAGUUGAAGUUGCUGAUCAGGUAUUGUUUAAAGAUCCGUCAUGUCUUACUCAGAAAUGCUUAAAUCUGUUUCAGGCCUGUCCAAGAUGGAUGUGGGAGACUCCCAGUUCCAGCCUCUGGCCCUGUCCGACACUUUGUGCUUCGAUGGUCUUGGAACACCUUUACAAGCUCCUUUGGCAUCACCACAAGAGUAAGUUCCCCUGAUCCUUGUCUCAGCUCUACAACACUUUGCACCAAAGUUGUCAAUCUGCUGUUUAUCCUUCCUGAGUUUUAAAGAAAGUAAAAGAAGUGCUGUGCUGAGAUGUUGUUGUGCUUCUGUGUGUGUGUGUGAGCAGGCAGUGUGUCCCCUGCACGCUGGACGAAGUGCUCGGCCCUCCGACCACACCUGAAGGACGGAACGAUGAGAAAGCUCUGCUGGAGCAGCUCGUCACCUUCCUCAGUGGGACAGACGAGAGUGAACUGGCUGAGCUGGAUAAAGCCCUGGGGAUUGACAAAUUGGUUCAGGUAAGUGUGUCAUAUAUUCGAGGGAUCAGUACACUGUAUGUAUAGAGAGUUAAAUAGUCUCAGUAGUUAAAGCGUAUCAUAACAGUAGCUGUCAGGAGCUGCUGCAGGAUCAUUUUAUUCUUGAAAACAAACACUGUGAUACCAGAGAGGGAGGCCAGACGUCUGACCUAUGAUGAAGUGCAAACUGCAUUCAAAUGGAAAUGUUUACCGGUGGUGUGGCUGUGACAGACUUAAAUAAGAUGUUUUUUCCUUUCUCCAGGGCGGCUGUUUUGACCCUUUGGCCCAGAACUUCCCGACCCAGCAGCCCACUGCCUCCCCAGCUCCUCUAGACCCUAAACUCCCUACUUACCCUUCUCAAUUCACACCAGCUCCUCAAGCUCAGUUUCCUCCAGAGCUGGCCACCGUGGGGCCCCAGGGUCUAGGGUUUGGAGCGCCUCGAGGGGCUUUCCCUGCUGGAACGACAGAAAUGGGGCUGAGACCGGGUAUGACGCGACCACAGGGGGUGAACGCCCAGCUCAGGCUGCCACCCAACCAGCUGCGCCUGCAGCUGCAGCAGAGACUCCAGGGCCCGCAGCAGGUGAGGAGGCAGAGGCUGAUCGUGUUGAUUGGUGUUUCAUUUCACAAGGAUCACACUUCAUUUAGACUCUGAGCUGCUAUUCCAUCACAUCAGCGUCCGUGUCAGCACACAUUUUAUGAAAUUGAAUUGUUGUGCAUCCGACACAGUGAUACAAGGAGACACUCCAACUCCUCCAGCCUCGACUUUAGACCUCUUCUCCUGUGUAUGGCUUCUUUGUGCACUUUUAGUUCAUACACAAGCAAAACUGUCCUCGGCAUGAAACCAUGAAUGUCACAGACAAGCUUUUAUCCUCCAUUUAACAGCUCUGCACCAGAUGCAAGCUCACCUGGCUACAAAAGUGUGGAGAUUCGACUGUAACUGGUGUAAUCUGGAGCUCCUGUCAGGAGUUUUCAGCUGACUACAAAACAAGUUGGAGUAAAUUUUAAUGACUAAAUUUGAUCCAGAUCAAUUGAAAUUAAAUGGACCUGCAUUGGUGAAAUGUUUUGACUCUAGUGAUGGGAGGAACAGUUCUUUUGACUGUAUUGAAUCUUAAGAAUCCGUUCACUAAGAUGAUUCGUUCAAGAGAUUCGUUCACUGAAUCAGUCAGUGCUUCGGAGCCCCGUCCUGCUGGUGUAGUACAUGAGUGAGUGACACAGAGACGCUGAUCAGGAGUCUGGUCAUCGAACGAGCCCCUCCCCUGCUGCUGAAGUUCAAUGGGUGACACGUGUCGUUCAUUUGCCAAAUCGUGAAGGAAGAAUCACUCCCCUGUCCUAAAAAACUCAUCUCUCUGUGUGCCGCUGACGUUUGCAUCACAAUGCAAGUGAAACAACACAGCAGCAAGCAGCACACCCGCUAAACAAGCGCGAGUCGUCGUUCUUUUAUAUUGUGAGAAAAUUGAGAAAUCAAAAAUAAAUAAACCUCACCGCUUUAGCUGGAAUUCUUAUACUUUUAAAGAUAUUAAAUUGCAUGUUGCUUCAAAUUGGCUGAAAUUAAAUUCUUCUUGCAGGAAAGUUUAUAGACCUGUACUAAUGUUAAAGCACGAUAAUGCACUGUUUUAUCUUAGCCUACGUUCAUCCUCACAGUGAACGAACUGGUGCUCGGCAGUUCGUGAACGACGUUACACCUCUCCCUCCUCUGCAUGUCUCAAGUCAUUCGUAAGCCGUUUAUUUCGUUCUCAGUCUGACUGAUCAGUUCCACUCCCGACGCACGCCAAGCUCGACGCUGAGCUCAACUGAACUGAGAAAGGAACGAGUCAGGUCUUGGAGUGAUUCCAUUCACGUCUUUCACCCAGCAGUUCUGUUCUUUUGACUGAAACGUUCAUGAACGACACAACACUAUUUGACUCUUCAGACUGUUACUUGUCGUCCACAUCGUGCACCUGUAAAACUGGAAUAAUGCAGGUGUAGGUGUACAUGGCCCCUCAUGUCUUUACUUCGUCCAUGCACCCUGAAUCCUUCUAUAGAACUCAGUGCUGAGGGCUGUAAUGAAUCGUCUGAAUUAUUGACUUAUCUUAUUACUGUGUGAAUCCUGCUCUGUCAAGUGCUCUCUUGAUUUAAUUCCUUAAACGUUGAUUGAAAAGCUCUUAAAGAACUCUCCACCUCCCUCUCCUCACUCCUCCCUAAUAUUUGAUUUCUCUCCCUCGCUCUUAUUCUCUAUCUGCCUGCUAAUGAUCGUUUCCGUUUCAUUUUCCAUCAUGUCUUUUCUUUACCCCGUUAUCACGCUCUCAUCCGCUAACCCCCCCGUCCCCCCUGAUCUGACCUCUGUUUAUUUCUGUGCCUCUCUCCAUCUCAGCUCCAAAACAGGAUGGCAGGCAUGAAUCAGUUUCCCGGAGGAGCCCAGCAUGUGAACAUGGGGAUUCGUCAGGGGGUCCAACAACCUCAGAUGCCCUCACAAGUGAGUCACAGAGGCAGCAUUAGAUCAGCACUCAUCUCGAUCAUCUACUACUGCUUUCUAGAGAGCCUAAAGACUGAAAAAUGUUGACAUAGAUUUAAAGUAUUUGCUUAAAUGUACACUGUGAGCUGCUUUUAUCAACAUUUUCCUGUUUACUAUAGAUUAAAGAACUAAGGAGGCUUGCUUGUGAGGAUGAAUCACCUACAAAGGAUUACGGCAUCUUUCAGAAUAUUGUUUUGGUUCUCAGGCUUGAAAUUUUGAUGUUUCCACUCACCCAUAACGUUGAAUCACUUAAAAAUAAAACAGGAUUUUUCAGGUUGUUUAAUGUUUUGCUUGAUAUUAGAAAUGUGGCUCUGAGUCUAUGCUAUGGAUCUUUUUAUGUCCAAUGCCAAUCACAUACUAGUGCUACAGAUUUAUGGAUCUUUCUGUAAGUAUAGAAAUUCUAAUUGUGGAAUAGGGCUGGGCGAUAUGGCCUCAAAUCAAUAUCCCGAUAUAUUGAGCAGUUCACCCUGAUAACUAUAAAUAGACAAUAACUACUUCACCAGCUCCUCACCCCUUCCCACAUUAACUUUGUCUACUUUAGCUGCUACAACCUUUAAACCAUCCUCCAUCUCCUCACCUGUCUUUCCCUCUUUGUUACUGACUGGAUGGGGUGGAGUCACGUCUCUGACGUAGGACAGCGUCUUAAAGGGAUAUGAGACCAUAGCCUACCUACACACAUCCAAAACCAACUUUUAUUCAUUGAUUUUUUGACAUUGAAUAUAUUGACAUGGGCAAAAUGACGUAUUUUAUUGUCGUAAAUUUCUGUAUUGGUAAAUUUUCGGUUUAUCGCUCAGCCCUAAUCUGGAAGAAACUUAAACCUUCAAAGAGGAGCUCAUUUUUUUAAGCUACAGGUAAAAAAAACAGAGCAGCAACAUACUAGUUUUGACCAUCAAUGUGUUUGCCAAAAACCAAGAAAUGUUAAUAUUGUACUAUAAAUAAGCAAACUGUAUCCUUGAGUUGGUUGCUGGUUCAAAGUAGGGAUGAUAGAGAUUCACCACCUGCCUUAUAAUGGACAGAAAACAUCUGUGAAGCAGGAGCAGCAAUGAAGCCAAAUGACGCCCAGCAUUUGCAGACCCCCAAAACAACCUGCACCUGUUCAACACUUUCUAACUUCUAUUUUCAGUCACUUAAAAAGCUUUUGAUCCAAAGGGAGUGGCGUAAAGGUUUCUUCAAAAUAAAAUCAUGUUUUUUUUUUGAGUGUAGGAGAUCAAGCAGCCUAAACCUUAGGCAGUGAAAAAGUCAGAAUAAAAGCAUCAGAAAUGAUUAUUUUUGAUGUAUUGUCUUUACUACAAACUGAGCGACUGUGGAGGAAGUGACACAAAGGGAGAUAUGCUUACCCCACCUGGAAAAAAAGAUUUUCUGCAGUCUGGGGGUUUUUGGACUUCAUUAAAAAGAUGAGAUGUUUGAGGACUAGGACAACAGCGAGUCUUUGUUUCUUUAGAGGUUUUUGUCAUGGGGUCAGGGUUGCAGAUAAAACAUAAUCUUGAGCAUCAUCCCAACACUCUGGUUUGAAACUGCUGCAAAAUGUCAUGACAAGCUCACAGUCAUUUGAAACUAUUAUUAUAUCACCGUAUGUUUCAUCUUUCCUUUUUAUUGUUAUUGUAAACUGGCCUUAAAGUAACUUACAGUAGAUCCCUGAACUCUCAGGUGUGUAAGUUGUGUAAAUUGUCUCAAAAGUGCAGAUUACCUGUAAGUGUGUUAACCUUUUUGAAUGAUCUCUCUCUCAGCAGCCUCCUCUGAACGCCCAGAUGUUAGCCCAGCGUCAGAGGGAGCUCUACAGCAUCCAGCACCGCCAGCGCCAGCUUUUCCAGCAGAAGGUCAUGCUGAUGAGACAGAACAUGGCGGGCGCUCCGACUGGGGCCGCUGGGACCAUCGGUACUGCCAGAGUCCCAAAAGGUCCUUCGACAACACCUCAACCGCAGCAGCAGCAGCAGCAGCAGCAACAGCAACAGCAGUUCAACUUCCCAGCAGGGUACAACCCGAUGACGGGAAAAUCCCCUACCUCACCGAGUCACUUCAGCCCCAUGAGCGGGGGCCCUCUGGACAACAAACUGUCCUCCAGAGUCCCCCUGAAUAACCAGACGCUGAUUGGCGGAGUGCAGGGCCAGUUCAGCAGUAAUGUGAACUCGUCGCUGCAGCAGGGCCUGUUUCAGCAGUUUGGAGGGUCUGGUAAGUUAAAAAACACAGUCACCCACUGAAAGACUGGACACUUAAUCAUCUGCUUUAUUUCUGCAAAUGAGUGUUUCCUUUCGCUCUCCACAUUAUGAAAAAUUUAAACUUUGAGCUGCUGUUUGCAGUCCUACCGUUUUCAAAUCACUAAUCAGAAAAAUUGCUCUGGGCUAAACCAUGAAAUGAGGUCAGUGAUGAAAAAUGGAAAGACUUGUACAGCAUUAAGUUCUUAGUACAACAAAGAAGUACUCAAAGAAGAAAUCCAGCAGUAUGAUAGAGUCACAACAUGGAAUAAAAUAAAAAAUAAAACAAUUUUAAGAGCAAAUACGCAUCAAAAAGUUGCAAUAACAAAGUCAUAAGAGGAAAAAGUUGUUAAUUUGCACAGUAAAACAGUACUUUGUCUCAUGGGCUAAAACAUGGGGUAUUCAGUUAUGCAACUUCAAACUCCACAAUAUGCUCUGUGUUGAUCGGCUGUGUUUAGGCGGCUGCAGGCUGCUGUUCUGAUCUGCCCCUGACUAACAACUUAAAGGCGAAACCGUAGGACAUAAUAAUCAGCUUAUUAUUAACUUUUUAGCUUUGAUCUCAAAACCUUAAUGUCCUUGCAAUUUGAUGACCCCGAUACUCAGUCCUGAGGGCAGUGAUGUUACUAAACUAAUGAACUGUUCAACGUCCAGCUGACUGCAUGCUGCACAGAAGCUAUUUUUUACUUGUAUGAACUGAGCUCACUUUUGUUCACUACCCUUCCUAAAGCUUUGGUCCAGCAAGACCCACCUUUCCCUCCCGAGAUGAGCCCGACCAGCCCAUUAUUGUCACCUCAGAACUCCACCUCCCAGAGUCCUCUGCUCCAGCAAGCCCCGCCUCCUGGCUACCAGUCACCAGACAUGAAGAGCUGGCAACAGACAGGCAUGGCCAGCAACAGGUAAGACAAACCGAACACCUUCUGAAGUGGAUUUAAUCCAUGUGUUAAUUGAAAUGUGACUGAGUCUCUUUUGUCCUUCAGCCUGUUCAGUCAGUCAGGACAGAGUGCAGGGCAGGCUUUUGGCCAGCAGGGGGUCUACAACAACAUGAGCAUCACUGUCUCCAUGGCUGGAGGCUCGGGUGGUGUCGGCUCAUUACCUCCCAUGGGGCAGACAGUCAGCUUGAGCAACAGUAACCUCAGCAGUGUCGGCUCAGUGUGCAGCGACCAGCAGGUGAGAAAUGUGAUCUGAUGGCAUCCCCUCGUCCUCUACGUAUAAUAUAAAUACAGUCAGAGCUGGACUUUUGAUCAGGUUUUCAUUCCAGCUGUGAUUUUGGAUUCACACGCUCAGAAAGGCAUCACUCAAAUACUGCGAUUCGCUCUGUGCGUCUGCAGGUGCAGCAGGUCCAGGUGUUUGCGGACGUCCAGUGCACCGUGAAUCUAGUGGGCAGCGACUCCUACCUGAACCAGGGCUCCAUCGGCACCGCAGCCUCCCAGAAGGCCCCCGGACCGCAGGGCUCUCAGAACAACCAGGCCCAGCAGAAGAGCCUCCUCCAGCAGCUGCUCACCGAGUGA